AAUGGAGUAAACAGAAACUUCCAGGCGUCCCCACACCCCCCUCUGAGGAGAAGCAGAAAUCAGAUGCUCUGUGAUUAAUCGUAGAGAGUUCAGGACACGACCACAAGCGCUGUGCGGACUUGAAAUUAGCUGCCUUUUCCCGUCCCCUUGCCAAGAUGGGAGUGGGGGGUGGGACGUGAAGGGGUGGGGGCCCCGCCUGCUAGGGGCCAGCAUGGAAUUCUCCCUGGUAGAGCUCAGUGACACUGACGGGCAAUCGGCAGCGUCCAGAGCAGCAGGCAGCAUCCGGGGAGCGCGGGCUGGCCGGGGGGGCCCCAGGCCAGCUUCCUGGAACCCCGGCUCCACGGCCGCCUACACCCGGACACAGGCCAGAUAAGAGGCCGACUGCACUAUCAGAGCCCGGCAGUGCAAUGUCCCCUGGCCCUCAGCACCGCAAAGAAGACCAGGGGACAGUGGCUUCCUUGUGAGCAGCCUCCGAGUGGCUAGUCUGGAAGGACUUCCCCAGCCCGACCCCUGCAGCGAAUGCAGAUGCGGCGGAUGCGGAUGAGAGUCGCAGCUCACCUCAGCGACAGAGAAAGCCAGGCGGCCUGGAGGAGGAGGCGUGCCCUGGCCUGAAUGCCUGUACCUGCUGGAUGUUCAUGGAAGACGUUGCAAAUUGACCACAGCACUUCUUCCUAGUGAGCCCCAAUACAGCCUCAGAAUCCAUCUCAACACUACACUGGAACCAACCUCCAUCUGCCAGUUGGUAUUAGAACAUGAGCCAAGAUUGAUCUGCAAUUUCUCUUCUCAGCCCAUGGAGACAAGAAAACAGAAGGUCUGAGGUUUGGUUCGCCCAGUGUCAUGUGGGAACUCAGUGACCGGCCCUCCUAAUGCUCGGGCAGCCUCCUCUCCUGUGUCAUUCUCCUGAUUCUAGCCUAGAGGGGAGGUCUGUCCCUUAGUGGAGAUUUCCACUCUGCACAGCUGCUGCACAGGGAAAACAAACAGACCUGAGGUCAGGGAAAGGCAGAGAACUUAGCUGCUGACCUCUCUCGCCGCAUGCUGUCUGGAGCUGAGUGCAGCGCGGGGGAGCCGGGCAGGGUGACGGCCAUGUCGGUGAGGCUGCGGUUCCUGUCCUCCGGGGACGCGGGGGCUGUCGGGGUCGUGGGCCGGAGCGCCUCCUUCGCGGGCUUCAGCAGCGCCCAGAGCCGGAGGAUCGCAAAGUCCAUCCACGGGAACUCUGUGAGGUCUCGGAUGCCUGCAAAAUCCUCCAAGAUGUACGGCACGUUCCGGAAGGGGUCUGUCUGCCCCGACCCCAAGCCGCAGCAAGUGAAGAAGAUCUUUGAAGCCCUCAAGAGAGGCCUCAAGGAGUAUCUCUGCGUCCAGCAGGCAGAGCUGGAUUACCUGUCAGGUCGCCACAAGGACACCCGCAGGAAUUCGAGGCUGGCUUUCUAUUAUGACCUGGACAAGCAAACUCGCUCUGUGGAAAGGCAUAUCCGGAAGAUGGAGUUUCACAUCAGCAAGGUGGAUGAGCUCUACGAGGGCUACUGUAUCCAGUGCCGCCUGCGGGAUGGAGCCUCCAACAUGCAGAGGGCCUUCUCCAGGUGCCCACCCAGCCGCGCCUCCAGAGAGAGUCUGCAGGAGCUGGGCCGCAGCCUGCAGGAGUGCAUCGAGGACAUGUGGCUCAUCGAGGCGGCCUUGGAGGUUCACCUGGGAGAGUUCCACAUCAGGAUGAAAGGCUUGGUGGGCUACGCACGCCUCUGUCCCGGAGACCAGUAUGAGGUGCUCAUGCGUCUGGGCCGCCAGCGCUGGAAGCUGAAGGGCCGGAUCGAGUCAGACGACAGCCAGACCUGGGAGGAGGAGGAGAAGGCCUUCAUCCCCACUCUGCACGAGAACUUUGAGAUCAAGGUGACAGAGCUGAGGGGCCUGAGUUCACUGGCAGUGGGCACGGUGACAUGCGACAUCACGGACUUCUUCACGACCAGGCCACAGGUGAUCGUGGUGGACAUCACAGAGCUGGGGACCAUCAAGCUCCAGCUGGAGGUGCUGUGGAACCCGUUUGAUACUGAGAGCUUCCUGAUGUCACCCAGUCCCACAGGCAAGUUCUCCAUGGGCAGCAGGAAGGGCUCCUUGUACAACUGGACACCCCCAAGCACCCCCAGCUUCCGAGAGAGGUAUUACCUGUCUGUCCUGCAGCAGCCAGCGCAGCAGGCUUUGCUGCUGGGUGGGCCCAGGGCCACCCCCAUCCUCAGCUACCUAUCUGACAAUGACCUUCGGGGCCCGGGCCUGCGGAGCCAGAGUCAGGAGCUGCCUGAGAUGGACUCCUUCAGCUCCGAGGACCCCCGAGACACGGAGACCAGCACCUCAGCCUCUACCUCGGACGUGGGGUUCCUGCCCUUGGCCAUUGGCCCCAACACCUCCAUUGAAGAGGAGGCCCAGGAGGACCCCCAGCCCCUGGGCCUCCUGCCAGAGAUAGCCCAUCUGGCUGGAGCCACCCUCGUGGAGCAGCCUGGCUGGAGGAAUUUGGGAAUAGAGGACCCCGACCUGCCAGGAGGCUCCCCAGUGCACAACCAUACAGCCCCGGGCAGCCAGAAGGACCAUGACAAAGGAGAACCCGAGGACAGAGUGGAUGGGCCAGAGGUGACCCUUGAGAGGCCUCUGCAAGAGGUCCUGGAUUUACUGCGCUCUGUGGACCCCCAGCCACAGCUGCGGGAGCUGGAGUACCAGCUUCUCAGCUUCAGGGACCAGCUGAAGCCCCGCAGAGCUCCCCAGGAGCACGCCUCUGCCGAGAGCCUGAUGGAGUGCAUCCUGGAGAGCUUCGCCUUCCUCAACGCUGACCUCGCCCCACAGGAACUGUCCCUGUUCGGGGGCUGCCCAGGUCCCCGAAAGGACAGGAUCCUGCUGCCCCCAAGGAAAGCGUCAUCUAGGGGGCUCACGGCCGGCACCCUGGAGCUGGACAGGCUGCUCACGGUCCACCUCCAAGUCUGCAAAGCUCUGCUGCAGAAACUGGGCUCUCCUAACUUGUCGAGGGUGGUCCAGGAGAGCCUUCUGGAAGAAGCUGCGCAGCAAAAGCAGGUUCUGGAGAUGCUUUCUGUGCUCGAUUUUGAGAAGGUCAGCAAGGCAACAUCCAUCGAAGAAAUCAUUCCCCAGGCCGCUCGGAGGAAGGGGUGCCUGAAGCUGUGGGAAGGGUGCACAGAGCCCGGCAGGGUCCUGUCCUGCGCCGCCACCAUGCUGCUGAACCAGCUCAAGAAAACGUUCCUGCACAGAGUCCGAGGGAAGUACCCGGGACAGCUGGAAAUAGCGUGCAGGAGGCUCCUGGAGCAGGUGGUGAGCUGUGGGGGGCUGCUCCCCGGAGCCGGGCCUCCCGAAGAAGAGACGGUCACCUGGUUCCAGUUCCACAGCUACCUGCAGCGGCACAGCGUCUCUGACCUGGAGAAGCAUUUCGGCCGGCUCACCAAGGAAGUGACACUCGUCGAGGAGCUGCAGAGUCCGAGGCAGGGCAAGGCGGUCAGGAAGCUGCAGGGGAAGCGGCUGGGCCAGCUCCAGCCCCUGCCCCAGACACUGAGGGCCUGGGCGCUGCUCCAGCUGGACGGGCCCCCACGAGUGUGCAGGGCAGCCAGUGCCCGCCUGGCCGGCGCAGCCAGGAACAAGAGCUUUCGGGAAAAGGCUUUGCUCUUCUACACCAACGCUCUGACCGAGAACGAUGCCAAACUCCAGCAGGCCGCGUGUGUGGCGCUCAAACACCUCAAGGGCAUCGAAAGCAUCGAUCAGAUCGCCAGCUUGUGCCGGUCUGACCUGGAGGCCGUGAGAACAGCAGCCCGGGAGGCCACACUGUCAUUCGGUGAGAAAGGACGCUUGGCUUUUGAGAGGAUGGACAAACUCUACUUGGAACAAAGAGAAGAGGCCUUCUGCCAGGAGGCGGAUGUUGAAAUCACAAUAUUUUAAGCCUUGGCUGAUGAACUCCAACGUUGGCAUCUUUGUCUUUGUUCCCACCCAGCCUUGACGCAGGAACUGAGUUUGGGGUGGGGGGUGCGCUGCAUGCUCCCCACUAAGUGUGAGCUGGCCUGCGCUCCUCCCUCUGUCUCCAGACCAGUCACGACUUCUAGGGGCACAAAUGAGGCCUUCCGUACUGGAGCAGAAGAGGCCGGUCAGCACUUUGAAGGUUGUAUGACUAACCACAUGAUCAGCUUUUUGGUCCUGACCUUCCCCAGCGAGCUGCAUGGCAAAAGGGCCAAGGCCAGGCAGGAUGAGGCCUGGAGUGGAAGGUUCCAAGAGGAAUGCACGGCACACUUGGGGUUCUCCCUGCAGGUUCUGGUUCAGUAAGGACUGGGAAUGAACUGGCAAGCGGGCGGACUGCUUUUGCUGAGGAGGACACAGCGGGUCACAUCAGCAGCAGCGGGCUGUCCCCUCUGCGAGCUGGGGACAGUGGGAAGAGGGAGCUGGGGUUUCACAAUUCACACUCUUAACCCAAGCUGCAGCCCAAAUGUUUCGCCGUGGAGCCUGCUGACCACGGACCUUAUUCUCCCGUGUUCAACAGCACAAAGAAGAAAAUGCCACCGGCUGAGAAACCCUGAGCGUUGUGUGAGGAAGAGCGUUCACCUUGACCUCUCCCAUCAUCAGGGAACAGAACUCUUGAAGCAAGUCAACGUGAGGCCUUUAAUAGGGUUAGACAGUUAAUAAACUGUUUUGGAAACCAUAAACUAGUUUGAAAAAAGAUUUCACCGAAGAACAUGUUUAAAGAAAAUUAGUUUCCUAUUUAAAUCUAUUAAAAAACCUCAAAGAUGCCCUGAGCUGUUUUUGUGCUGAGCCGUAGAGACAGCCUGGGGGAUGAAUGCGACUCCUGACAGUGGCACUGGGGACUCUGACUGAAGGCUUCUCAUGUAAACUUCCUGUAUAUGUUCUGUGCUUUUCAGUUGAAUUUAGUAUUUAUUUGCCUUGUCCUUAGGUUCAGUUUUCUGAAAUUUCGAUUAAAAUGAUUUGUAUGGGUGCUUCCCUUUACCUGGAA